GGAACCCUCAAAAAGAAAUUUGAACGGAGAGGCCAUGCAUUUCGCAUUCAAAUUUCUAUAAAAAGAAUGGCCAUGACAGUUGUUGAGAGUGGAGACUUGGUCAAAAGAUCAUUAAAAUGCAAAUGCCAAAUAAUAAUAAUAAUAAAAAAACAAGCCCAUUUCUUCUUUUCUUACAAGCAUUAACAAAAACAUUACCAAUGUUUUGUUUGAUUGGUAUGUCGUGUCUGCCUCAUUGUCUCCCCGCCAUUUUCGAAGGACGCUAAAACAAUCCACAGAAAAAAUUAGCUCUCUCUUAUAUUAUUCUCCUUCUAUCCUCCUUGCUACUUUGCAGAGGCAUUUGGGUCUGGGAGCGAUAGAUAAAUGAGUGCUUGAUUCUUCUGCCAUUUACUGUUGCUCACCUAUCAGGAAAAUUCCCAAAGCCUCAAAUCAUGUCCGCUAUUCUAUCUCAAAAACAAGCAUCUGAUAUUGAUGACCCCGAGGAAGAAAAAAUGACCACAAUGGGGUCUCUGAAGAAGGCAGCAAUCAGUGCCUCCAAUAAAUUCAGGAAUUCUUUUACAAAGAAAGGUAGGAGAAGCAGUAAAGUAAUGUCUGUUGAAAUUGAGGAUGUGCAUGAUGCAGAGGAAUUGCAGGCUGUUGAUGCCUUGCGUCAGGCACUUAUAUUGGAGGAAUUGCUCCCCGAGAAACAUGAUGAUUAUCACAUGAUGCUCAGGUUCUUGAAAGCCAGAAAAUUUGACAUUGAGAAAACAAAGCAAAUGUGGUCUGAUAUGCUCCAAUGGAGGAAGGAAUUUGGUACCGACACAAUUUUAGAGGACUUCGAGUUCAAGGAGCAUAAUGAAGUCGUGCAAUAUUAUCCCCAAGGGUACCAUGGAGUAGAUAAGGAUGGACGACCGGUGUAUAUAGAGAGAAUAGGUCUAGUAGAUGCUACCAAGCUCAUGCAGGUCACAACCCUGGACCGCUAUCUCAAAUACCAUGUAAAGGAAUUUGAGAGGACCUUUGAUGUUAAGUUUCCAGCUUGCUCUAUUGCUGCCAAGAAGCACAUUGACCAAAGCACAACCAUCUUGGAUGUGCAAGGAGUGGGUCUCAAAAGCUUCACAAAAGCAGCUAGAGAACUUAUCACUCUUCUUCAGAAGACUGAUGGUGACAAUUAUCCCGAGACUUUGAACCGCAUGUUCAUCAUCAAUGCAGGUUCUGGAUUUAGAAUGUUGUGGAACACUAUUAAGUCUUUCCUUGAUCCUAAGACCACAGCCAAAAUCCAUGUUCUUGGCAACAAAUAUCAGAGCAAGUUGCUUGAAAUAAUUGAUGCUAGUGAGUUGCCAGAUUUUUUGGGAGGUACUUGCACUUGUGCUGAUCAGGGAGGCUGCAUGCUUUCUGAUAAGGGCCCAUGGAAGGACCCGGAGAUCUUGAAGAUGGUUCAAAAUGGUGAACAUAAAUGCACAAAGAAAUCUCAGUCUCAAAGCAUUGAAGAGAAAACAAUUUUGGAGGAUAAGACCGCUCUCUCAAAGUCUACCCAGGCUAGUGAAUCCUUGGAUGCUGAGGCAGAUGCAGGAAAGAAACAAUCUCUUUCUUCUACACUUUCAAAGAAUAAUGCUGAGCACCUGCAGCUCUCUCCUGUUCAUGAAAACGUCCAAAUGAGCCAAUAUGAGAAAUUUGUCCCAAUGGUUGAUAAACCUGUGGAUUUUGCUUGGCAGAACAAAGUGCAGAAUGAAAAUGUUGUCGCUCUAUCCAAAGAUUCGUAUGCUAUGCAAGAAACUUGCAAGGUUCCUGAUGGGCGUAGCUCUAAUCUUUUCAAUGGUGUCAUGACCUUUGUUAUGGGUAUUGCCACAAUGGUCAGAGUGACACGCAACAUGCCCAGGAGGCUCACUGAUGCCAACAUCUACUCUAGUCCUGUUUACUGUGCUGACACAGAGGUUAAGAGCCAGGAACUUUCAGCCAAGCUAUCCCCAGCAGCCAUCUCCACUGCUGAGUUGAUGUCUGUCAUGAAACGUAUGGCUGAGUUGGAAGAGAAAGUAACUGUUAUGCACAUGAAACCUACGACAAUGCCCCCUGAGAAGGAGGAAAUGUUACAUUCUGCACUACAUCGGGCGGAUGCCUUGGAGCAAGAGCUUAUGGCAACCAAGAAGGCUCUAGAAGACUCAUUUGCCCAACAACAGGAGCUCGCGGCGUACCUUGACAAAAAGAAGAAGAGGAAGAAGAAGACUUUGUUCUGGUGAAGAAAGAAAAGCUGGAUGCUGACAGAUGCUCAGGAAACUGGUGGUGGGGUAAUUCGUUAUAUAAGGCCACCCCCCCAAAUGCACUCUUGUCUGACAUUUCACUCAUAAGAUGCAAAUGUAAAGUUUUGAUCAAAUAUACAUAUUUUAAUCGGCCUGUAUAGAUCGAUGUACAUAUAUGCAUGUUGGCAGGCACAUGUUUGACCUUCUAUUUUUUUAAUCUCCCUUGUUUAGAAUCCAGGGAUUAUAAAAGGAGGAAAUGAAAGUCCCUUGGAUGCAUGGAGGGAUAUAUUUAAUGAGUGGUAAUCUCCAUACUUCAUUCCUAGUCUAUGUUAUAAUAAUAUGGUAAUCAGAAUCAGCCAUCUCUGCUGCAACUGCAGAGAUUUCAAC